AUGUUUGCACGCCAAUGUGUUAUCUAUGAGAUCAUGAGGGUCUUUCUCCACGUCGAGGUGUCAUUAUCUGAGUUUAACGCCCCUGUUACAUCAAGCCUUGAAGAUUACGACACCCUUUGGCGUUUUCUGAGAAGCCUGCCAUGUUUGAGAGAUUGUGUGUUUCCAGAAAGAUCGAGCAAAGAAGCAUGGGCCGCUUGCAUCUCCGGGUCGUACGAUAAAGGAUACCUUGCUGUGGUGUUUGGUGGGUCACUGAAAUUUAGGUCUGACGAUGACGAUACGUUCUUCAAGUUCAAGCUGGAGCCACUCAAGGUCGACUUCUCCCACCGGCUUGGUCGUCGUUUUGGCCAUGAUCGAUUCUUUGAAGUUCUCAUGCCACAACUUUCGGGCCGUCACAUACCCCCUUCUUUGGAGGCGCUGGGUCACCGUGGGCCAAUGAUCAUCACCAAUUGGCUCGUGGAUUCUACACAUCCCUUGAUAGGAUGGCUGUGGAAGCCUUUUAUGGUAAAGGACAAAGAGAGGAGAAAGAAGAAGCAGAUGAUUGUCAUGAAAGACGUUGAAGCUGUUGAUAGUUCAUUCCGCAUAUUCUUUUUCGCAGUUGAUGGUCCUAAAUUUGUGAAAAAGGAUCGUCUUAUCACUAAUCCAGAUCCCAAGAUUGGCCACCCGAAGAUGUCCAUACCGGUGUUGCUAGAUUGUGUGCGGCCCAUCAACAAGGAAAACGAAACCCAGCCAUUCUUGAAAAUUUUCAAUCGAACGACCCUGGCCUUGUCUCGCAAUUCGGCGACUAUUGUGCUUCAGCCAGAGCAAAUUAGGAUCAUGCCAAAAAAUAUUAUCUAUGGAGAUGACCCAAAUAAUGUGAUGAAUGAUGGCUGUGGCCGGAUGUCCACUGCUCUAGCUACGAGAAUCAAAGAACACCUCGGGUUGUCCUCUACUCCAACCGCAUUUCAAGGUAGAAUUGGAGAAGCCAAAGGAUUGUGGGUUGUCGAUCGCCAUGACAAGGGAGGAGAUAUUUGGAUAGAGACAUAUCCAUCUCAGCGAAAAUGGGUCAGAGGGGAAAAACGUGGUGGUAACGAUAAGGAGUGGGAGGCCCCAAGUCACCGUACCUUCGAAGUACUCAAGUUUUCUGGGCCGCUGAAAUCUGCCGAUCUCAAUCUACAAUUUCUUCCUCUGCUAAUGGACCGCGCAAACAAUCCAAAGCUCAUGAAAAAAGCCAUUUCUGAUAUCUUGGAAGAAGGAUUGGCUUUGAAAGUGCAGGAAAUCCAAGAGGCCAUGGAUGACCCUCAGUCCUUCCGAAAGUGGGUCAGAGACAGAAAUCCGAAUCUAAAAGAGCAUUUAAGAGGGAGCAUUGCUUACAAGGCCGGCUUACCAGUUGUUCGCGAGGAGCGUCUGAACGUUUUCCUGGAUGCUGGGUUCGAUCCCAGAAGGAUUAUGUUCAUGAAAGAAAUGGCGAAGGAUGCAUUCAAGAGCAGAACAGACGAGCUCAAGGAAAGAUUGAACAUCACAGUCGGACGAUCUACGUAUGCGUACUUGGUUCCUGAUUUCUGGGGAGUUCUUGAAGAAGGUGAGGUAUACAUUGAUUUCUCCUCAUUCAUCGACAACGUCUCCGGGUGUUCUGGCACCACGCUCGAUGGGGACGAGAUUCUUGUAGCUCGAUCGCCAGCUCAUUUUGUGAGCGAUAUUCAGAAGGUCAAAGCUGUCAUAAAGCAAGAGCUAGUUGGCCUGAAGGAUGUCAUAGUAUUCUCUACGAAAGGAAAGCCUUCAUUGGCCGACAAGCUAUCCGGAGGAGACUUCGAUGGGGACAUCGCUUGGGUUUGUUGGGAGCCGACUAUCGUCAAUGAUUUUACAUCAGCAGAGGUGCCGGAAGCUUACAACCUGGUCAAAGAGGGCCUGAUUCGACAGGAUAAGACGACAUACAAGGAAUUGGUCGGUAAUACCGAGAGCACUGAGGAUGGAGUGUCAUUGUUCUUGAAAAAGAGCUUUGAUUUCAACAUGCGGCAGAAUCUGCUUGGAAUCUGCACAUCCUUCAAGGAGAGUGUGUGCUACACUGAGAAAACAGUGGACUCUGAGGCAUCUCGGUAUCUCAGCCAGCUUCUCAGUAAUCUGGUUGAUCAGGCAAAACAGGGAUACGAAUUCGAUGAAGAUGCUUGGACCUACUUCAAAGAUGCAAAAGUAAGGGAUGCAAGAGGCAAGAAGAUAAAACCUCGCAAGCCACGCUACAAAACCGAGGACCCUGUUGCAAAUGCGGAUCACAUCAUUGACCACCUGAAAUAUGUUGCGGAAAAGACCAUUGACAAAGCGCUCGAAGGCUUCCAUCAGACCUUCCCAGAUCCUCCAUACUGGGAUGGUGAAUUGGCAACGUACUUCUACAAAUUCGCCGACCUCGCGACGCGAGAUCCUGUAUGGGAAAAGCUACUGGGAGAUCUGAAAGCAGACAUCGAUGUUCUAAAGAAAAUAUGGACCAAGAAGUUCCAGCGUGGUCAUAGCAGCAAGCGUAACCCAAACAGUAAAGACGGCGAUGAGGCCAUAGAGGACUUUACGGAAUUCUGUGGCGAUUUGUACGAGCGCUUCCAUGAGAUCCAACCUCACGAGGAAACAGUUGCGUCGCAGGCCUUGACUAUCACGCCAGGAACGAACUCUGAGCUAUCAGGUUGGGAACUCUUGAAGGCAUCAACUGCUGUAGCGGCAUUUGCGAAUUACAGUCGUCCACGGAACCCCCUACGGCUGUACGUAAGCAGCUUCGUUUGGUGGAUGGGCGGCAAGCAGCUCUGCCAUUUGAAGGCAAUGUGCAAUACCGAUCCUCCAUAUGCGGUUGUACCGUCGAUUUAUACCGUUCUGAAGCCGGACUCCACCAUUAUCAGACGGUUGAGGAGUGAUGGCCAGGCUGCGAAUAUGGAGGAUUCGGCUAGCAUUGCGAAUGAAGCUGAUUUGGACGCCGUGGACGACGAGUGA